UUUUCAAUUGGUGGGGAUCGAGAAACCAUCCUUGAGAAUAUGGUUUCAGAAAUUCCGCAAUUCCUAUAUUGUCAAUUCCGAAGGACUGUUGCUGGUAUGGAUGAUGAAUUAAGCCUUAGUUGCGUAACUAGUAAAGCAGAAAUCACGUGGUUAGUUAAUGUAGGUGAAUUCAUUUGGAUAUCCUACGUACCGGGGGAGUCAUUUAAGAAUAUGUUGCGCCAAUGCAGCCGCAUUGAAGGUUCAUUUCUAAGUGAUUGGCCAGGUGUGAUGGUGAAGGAAUGUGGGCUUCGUCUUUUGUACCAGCAUGAUCUGGUAGAAUUUGAGCAAAAUCUAAAACAAUGCAACGCCUUGAUUUCUGAGUAUUCGGAUUUCGCGCGUCAAUUUAUGGUUGAUCAAGAAAAAAGUAACAAGAGGCAAAACCCUGAUGAUGAGGCGGCACGACCUUCAAUGGUUCCAUACAAUUGUAUUGACGACUUCCAUCGACACUUUUUCUAUAAUUCUUGUUUUCCUCCAAGUGGCGGAAUAAUUCUAGAUUGGUUCAGCCAUCCAAGUGUUGGGCCUAAAGUGGGAAUCCCUCUUCCUCCAAAUUUCUACAAUGAUCCUACUUGGACAGGACUUGCUCUGUUUGCUUCUUUUUCAGUCCUUUUUGGCAGUCCGCAUUCACAAGUUCAUUGUCGCUUUUCGUUUGUAUCUCAAAAUGGUACUUUUGGUUUAGGGCGUCCCCAUAGCUUUUGCCUCCACGAAGAUGAUCUUUGGUUGUUAAAUCUAGAUGGAUUCAUAUGGCUGGUUUAUUUACCACGUGAGUGGUUUCCAAAGUGGUUGAAUCGAUGUAGUUCCAUUGAGGCUGAAAUUAGCAAUUGCCCUGCAGGCUUGACGGUGCACAAGUGUGGACUCCAUCUUUUGUAUCAAAAUGAUGAAGAGUUUUUUAAGGAAAUACUCUUCAAGACCCAUUUGUAUAGCAAGUAUGAGAAUGAGGCAAACAAAUUUGAUGGAUGCCUUGUCUAUAACUCUUGUUUUCCUCCAAAUGAAAUUCUGGAGAGGUUCAGCCAUCGGAGUGAUGAGCCCCAACUCACAAUCUCUCUUCCUCCAAAUUUGUACGAUGAUCCUAGUUGGAUUGGACUUGCACUCUGUGUUUCUUUCUCACUCCAGAAGGAUGGGACUACAAUUGUUGACAAUCGGGAUUCACAAGUUCCUUGCAACUUGAUUUGUCUGUUGGAAACCGAUAUUGGUAGUCUGGAUUCCCCCCAUGUGUAUAGCCUCACUAAAGAAAAUCUCGAGUUGUUACGGCUAGGUGGAUUCAUUUGGCUCUCUCAUAUACCACGUGGGUCGUUUCCAAACUGGUUGAAUCAGAGCAGCUUCAUUGAGGCUUCAAUUACAACCGAUUUCCCAAGCUUGACUGUGCACAAGUGUGGAUUCCGUCUUUUGUACCAGAACGAAGAGAUAGAGUUUAAGGAAACAAUAAGACACUACACGGCCUCGUUGUCGACAACCUGGAAUGUUAAUCAUCAAUAUUCAACUAUUGCUAAUGAAAAGAUGGUUAAGUCAAACCAGGAGGAUAAAGCAGCUGAGUCCAGUACAACCAGCAUCUCUGAUGAGGACUCUCACCUUUAUCCCAGGCUUAAAGACAAUAGCAAAAAUGAUCAUCCGCAUAUUAAGAAUCAAGACUUUGAUCGAUGCCUUGUCUAUAACUCUUGUUUUCCUCCAAAUGACAUUCUAGACUGGUUCAGCCAUCAGAGUGAUGAGCCACAGCUGACAAUUUCUCUACCUUCAAAUUUGUACAAUGAUUCUACUUGGAUGGGACUUGCUUUCUGUGUUUCUUUCUCACUCCAGGAUGAUGGGACUACCAUUGUUGACAAUCUGGAUUCACAACUACUUCCUUGCAACCUUAUUUGUUACUUGGAAACAAAUAUUGGUAGUCUGGAACCUCUGCAUAAGCAUUGCCUCACUAAAGAUCAUCAUCUCAAGUUGUUGCAGCUAAGUGGUUUCAUUUGGCUGUCUUUUAUACCACGCGUGUCGUUUCUAAACUGUUUGAAUCAGCAGAGCAGUUUCAUUGAGGCUUCAGUUGCUAUUGAUUGCCUAGGCUUGACAGUGCAAAAGUGUGGGUUCCGUCUUUUGUACCAAAAUGAUGAGGUGGAGUUUAAGGAAACAAUAAGACGGUUAAGCCAAACCUGGGAUCUCAUUCAUCAAGAAAAUACGGCCAAGCCAAACGAAGAGGACAAAGCAGCUGAGCCCAAUACAACCAGCAGCUCUGAUGAUCCCAAGCCUAAAGACAAGGGCAAAAGGAUCGUAGAAUAAUGUCUCCUCUACUUUGGGGGCUUCUGCUUUUGUUACUUUGGGUGCUCUUCCAGCUUAUUCGCUUAUCGCAUGAUUUGAAGGUCAAUGCUCUUAUUCAAAGGGCAUUAUAUUUAUCGGUCCAAUUCAAAGGACCACAUAGAAUGCCAAGACCUGGCCAGGGCGAUAAUAUAGCAGAUCGAGAUUCUUCUAGCAAAACUUUGGAGGAUUUGGAGUCUUUUGGUGCGAGUUCGUGAUGCUUUGCUCAAUAUUUUCGUUUAUGGAGUAGCGAUGGACAUGUUUAUGUUUUAGAUUUACUUAAAUGGUUGUUCUUGGAGACCUUUCGUUUCGCUUGGGAUUUAGAAUUUGCUGGAAUAUAUUGUUAUUGCAUGUGAUCUUUUGCCCUAUGGAGUUCUCGUUAUUAUUUACUUCAGUUUUGGUUUUUUAUGGUAUUUGGAUAUAUACCAAUGAUAUGUGGACUUUGG